GCGAGCCACCGCCACCGCCACCGCCGCCACCACCACCUAUAAGUACGCGCUCCCCAAACCACCCUGCUCAAAUUUCUCAUCGCACAGCAAAACCACCACUUCACACUCGACUCGAGCAACCAUAACAAGGACCUCAAGCCGGCCAAAGAAGAAAGAAGAGAGCCAUCCAGAGCAGAGCAAGACUACUCUCUCUUGUUGGACUUUGAUCGGAGCAAAGAAGAUGUGUCAGAUCAAGAAGGAGAUGAGCGGCGAGUCGGGCUCUCCCUGCAGCGGGGAGAACUACUACUACUCGCCCUCGACGUCGCCGGAGCAUCAGCAGGCGAAGCAGCAGGCGGCGUGGACGUCGGCGCCGGCGAAGCGGCCGGCGGGGCGGACCAAGUUCAGGGAGACGCGCCACCCGGUGUACCGCGGCGUGCGGCGCAGGGGCAAUGCCGGGCGGUGGGUGUGCGAGGUGCGCGUGCCCGGCAGGCGCGGGAGCAGGCUCUGGCUCGGUACCUUCGACACCGCCGAGGCCGCCGCGCGCGCGAACGACGCCGCCAUGCUCGCGCUCGCCGCCGGGGGCGCGGGCUGCCUCAACUUCGCCGACUCCGCCGAGCUACUCGCCGUGCCGGCUGCCUCCUCGUACCGCAGCCUCGACGAGGUCCGCCACGCCGUCGUGGAGGCCGUCGAGGACUUGCUGCGGCGCGAGGCGCACGCGGAGGACGACGCGCUCUCGGUCUCUUGCACCUCCUCGUCCGCGCCCUCCUCCCUCACCGACGACGAGUCGUCCUCUUCCCCGGCGGCCGAGGGCUCGCCGUUCGAGCUGGACGUCCUGAGCGACAUGGGAUGGGACCUUUACUACGCGAGCCUGGCGCAGGGGAUGCUCAUGGCGCCGCCUGCUUCCUUGGCCGCGGCGCUCGCCGAUUACGGCGAGGCUCACCUCGCCGACGUGCCACUCUGGAGCUACCAGAGCUAGCGAGCUAGUUCGCGCCACUUCCAGUUUUUACCUUCCCUUUCUGCCGUCGUCUUGGCUUCCGAUUGAUGCCAAAAUUUUGGUGCUGCUGUACGGUCAUUACUUACAGUUCCUGGUAAUGUGAUGGUGUAAAUUGGGGAAACAGAGCAUGGCUUUUGACUGUUGACUUUCCAUAAUCAGUGAUGCGCAACGUAUAGAACGACGACCUGGGGUUAUGAUGA